AUGUCGGCCCCCGUGGAGACAUUUCGUACGAGCGAUGGCGCGCGAAUCGGCUUUCGUUUCUUUGGCAAAGAGCACAAGACACCUGCCUUGGUCAUGAUCAAUGGCAUGAGUGCUGUGAUGGACGACUGGGUGCCUUUGGCUGAGGCAUUCGCACAGACGCGGCCAGUUCUUAUCUUUGAUCACCGCGGAAUUGGCGAUUCGUAUCUCACAGAAGAGGGCGCAGAAGAUAUUACUAUCGAGCUUAUGGCGCAAGAUGUGAUUGACUUGGUGCGUUCGCUGCAUAUGCACACGAUCCACCUGCUGGGCUUUAGCAUGGGUGGCCUCAUUGCGCAGGCGAUUCUUACGCACUCUGAUGCCAAGGCCACGACUGACCAAGCGGGUGUGCGUGUGCAAGGUGUGGAAGUGCGCCGAGCUGUACUUACAGCUACGUUUGCCAAGAUGCCGAAAGGCGAAUUUCAUCCGUCCAACAUCCCUGUGCCGCCCCCAGGUUCGUCAAAAGCCGAGCGUGAUUAUGCUGUGGUAAAGUACAUGCUGGAAAUGCAGUACCACCCCUCGGUCCUUGGGCCGCAUGGCGCUCUCCAACAUACCUUUGACCGUCGUAUGGCGCAUCAUCCCCAUACACGCCGCCCUCAAAUGGUCAUCGGCUACCAAGCGGCCUCGAUGGCGAUGUACGAUGGGAAGGACAAGUUGUGCCACAUCCCGUCCAAGCUGCCGAUGAUCAUGAUACAUGGCCGCUAUGAUCGUAUGGUGAACUAUGACGAGUCGAACGAUCUGCAAAAGCGGCUCCCACAACUCCGGCGUCUACGACCUGACGUGGAGGGCGACCGUGAGGCGUUUGGGCACAUGUGGUUUGACUACUUUGACUUGCAAGCGUCGUGGGUCGACCCCAUCACGCAGUUCCUCGACACGCCGCGCGCUGCGCACAUGUGA